GAAGAAGACUUUUGACAAAAUCUAACACUAUUUACAUUGUGUCUUCCAUCGAUUUUGAGAGAAAAGUAAUUUAGUUUUUAGUUUUGCAUUCAUUGAAUGAUUCAAUUAUAGAUAAGAACUCCUUUUUUGCUCUUGAAAUCAUGCCGUUUUCCAUUAAAAUCCACAAAAUUAUCAAUAAUUCUUGCAACAAUUUACACACUUCAAUCGAGAGUGUCAUUUGAACGAAUUUGCCGUGCGUAGACAAACAGAAUCGCCGUGAAUUCAUGUAGCAAUUCGCUGACGUUGAGCGAAUUGAAUACACUGACCAGUGAUACGACAAAUACAACAUGCAUGGACUGUGUGAUACAUGAACACAGAGACCAAAAAUAUAAAUAUCAACACAUCGUUUAUUUGUUGUUCGCUCUUGGUCGGAGACAUUGAUGUACGGGGGAGCAUAAAAUUAGUAGCAGCUGUUUGGGUGAACAAAUUUACAAAGAAAAUAGUCACACGGCACAGCCAACAAUUUGAAAGAAAUCAGAAAAAUCGCCAAAAAAAAAUCGUAAUCCCGUGAAAUCCGAAUUGAGUCACGGAAAUUGGCAUACGAAUGCGAUAUUCGCACGCAAAUUAUCUAAUAGAGUGUGGUUCAGUUCAGUGUGUUGCGACAGCAUCGAAAGGGGAAAAUUGCUAAAACAAAGCAAUGGCUGGAAAGAGAAGUGAAAAUGACGUGAAGAAAAUAAUACUAUAAUCUAAAAUAUUAUGUAAAAUUAUGGUUUGUUCAGUGAAUAAAAAAUUAUGAAAGAAAUAUGGUAAAGUGAGACACAUUUGAUGCGACUGUGUUUUGUCAAGCGAUGUGAAUGAAGUGAACAACACAGGAAAAAAGAAGAGUGGUGACAGAAAGGCGAAGCCUUGUUGUGAGGCGUCGUCAAUUUCGUCGAAUAGUGAACAAACAAUUGAAAACAAUCCACUUACUCAUUGUUAUCAUCUUGAUAUCGUUUCUGUUGUUGUUGCUGUAAAUUGUUGUGAACUAGUCAAUAAUGCCUUCAUACAAAAAUACUAUCGAAUCAAAGUGCAUUGAGCAGCACAUUCAGUUAAUUGGUUUUGAAAGGGCUUUUUUGGGUGUCGAAAUUUACGGAAUUUAUUGAUUUUAAUAAUAAAUAUUUAGAAAAACCAAAAAAAAAAAAACAAAACAAACGAGACCAGUUGAUACAAAAACAACGAAAAUGUCGAGCCGAAGUCGAACUUUGUCAGUGAAUUUGGAUGUUGUGAUGGCAAACGAUCCACUACGUGAAUUGUUUGAGGCAUGCAAAACGGGUGAUAUGAUCAAAGUGAAAAAAUUGAUUAAUUCGCAGACUGUGAACGCAAGAGAUACAGCCGGACGUAAAUCAACUCCACUUCAUUUUGCUGCUGGGUACGGGCGUCGCGAAGUGGUUGAAUUGCUUCUGGCAAAUGGUGCCUCGAUUCAAGCUUGUGAUGAAGGCGGCUUACAUCCGUUACACAAUGCAUGCUCAUUUGGGCAUGCCGACGUAGUUCGACUGCUGCUUGAAGCUGGCGCAUCGCCAAACACAACCGACAACUGGAACUAUACGCCGUUACACGAAGCAUCACAAAAGGGGAAAAUCGACGUUUGUAUUGCUUUGUUACAACAUGGUGCCAAUCCGAACAUUCGAAACUCGGAACAAAAAACGCCGUUAGAUUUAGCCGACGAUAAUACGAGGCCCGUUUUAACGGGCGAAUAUCGCAAAGACGAACUGUUGGAGGCCGCACGUUCAGGCGCCGAAGACCGUUUGCUGGCGCUUUUGACACCGUUGAAUGUUAACUGUCACGCAAGCGAUGGUCGUCGUUCAACGCCAUUGCACCUUGCAGCGGGCUAUAAUCGGAUAAAUAUCGUUCAAAUUUUAUUACAAAACGGAUCUGAUGUUCAUGCAAAAGACAAGGGAGGUUUGGUUCCACUUCAUAACGCAUGUUCGUACGGACAUUUUGAAGUAACUGAACUGCUUAUCAAACAUGGAGCCAAUGUUAAUGCAAAAGAUUUAUGGGCAUUCACACCGAUUCAUGAGGCCGCCUCAAAGAGUCGAAUCGAAGUGUGUAGUCUUCUAUUGAGUGAAAAGGCUGAUCCAACGCUACUAAACUGUCAUAACAAAACGGCAAUUGAUUCUGCACCAACCAGAGAACUGCAGGAUCGUAUUGCAUACGAAUACAAAGGUCACUGUGUAUUGGACGCAUGCAGACAAGCCGAUAUUCCACGGCUCAAGAAAAUCCUAACGACAGAUACAGUGAAUUUUGUUCAUCCGUACACAGCUGAUACGCCUCUACAUUGUGCCGUAGUCUCAGUAUAUCCAAAGCGAAAACAAGUCGUGGAAACGCUCAUUCGAAAAGGAGCAUUGCUCAAUGAAAAAAAUAAAGACUUUUUAACACCGUUACACAUGGCCGCGGAUCAUUCAUACUUUGAAAUUAUGGAUUUGCUACUGAAGAGUGGCGCCGAUGUGAAUGCACUGGAUGAGCUCGGACAGACGGCGUUGCAUCGUUGUGCACGCGAUGAUAACGAUCAAGCGUGCCGUCUUCUGCUCUCGUACAACAUUGAUCCGGCUAUCAUUUCACUUCAGGGAUACACUGCCGCACAAUUGGCUUCAGAAAGUGUUUUAAAAAUAUUGAAAAAUCCACCCGACACGGUGGACUUGGAAGUGCAAUUAUUGGAAGCAUCUAAAACGGGUGAUUUGGAUACAGUGCAACGAAUCGUUCUCAGUAAUUCGCACACAGUCAAUUGCCGUGAUUUAGAUGGACGACACUCGACGCCACUGCACUUUGCCAGUGGCUAUAAUCGUAUCGCAAUCGUUGAAUUCUUAUUGGAAAAUGGAGCCGAAGUGCAUGCAUCCGAUAGAGGUGGUUUAGUGCCAAUCCACAAUGCAUGCUCAUAUGGCCAUUAUGAAGUCACUGAAUUGCUCAUCAAGUAUGGCGCAAAUGUAAAUAUUGCCGAUCUGUGGAAAUUCACGCCGUUGCACGAAGCCGCUGCGAAGGGAAAAUAUGAAAUUGUGAAACUUCUGCUCAAGCACGGAGCCGAUCCGACGAAGAAAAAUCGUGACGGAGCGGCUCCUUUGGAUUUAAUUCGUGAGGGCGAUGACGAUGUUGCCGAUUUGCUUCUGGGCAAAGCAGCUCUUCUUGAUGCUGCUAAGAAAGGCAAUUUGGCACGUGUUCAACGCUUGGUCACACCAGAAAAUAUCAAUUGCCGUGAUUCACAGGGACGAAAUUCAACAUUACUUCAUUUAGCAGCUGGUUACAAUAAUUUCGAAGUGGCGGAAUUCCUACUGGAAAGCGGAGCCGAUGUAAAUGCUCAAGACAAAGGAGGUUUAAUACCAUUGCACAAUGCAUCGUCAUAUGGACACUUGGAUAUUGCAGCUUUGCUGCUAAAGCACAACACAGUCGUCAAUGCAACAGAUAAAUGGGGUUUUACUCCAUUGCAUGAAGCCGCUCAAAAGGGUCGAACUCAAUUAUGUUCGCUGCUACUGGCACAUGGUGCCGAUUCAUUUAUGAAAAACCAAGAAAACCAAACGCCAAUCGAAUUGGCAUCAGCUGAAGAUGUAAAGUGCUUGUUACAGGACGCAAUGACGCAAAGUGUGACCUCAACAGGUGGCAUUUUGUGUUUGAAUUCAUCGAACCAGAAUCAAUCGAUUUUGGUUUCACCGACGACUGAAACGGAAACCGUAACUCUGCCAACUGGUGCAUCGAUGACUCUAACGGUACCAGUGCCCCAAACGCCUAGUCGCUCAUGCAUGAGCCCACCUCAAGGAGCCGAAUCACAUGGAGAUGGCAUCAGCAGCGAAGCGAAUGAAUCUGAUGCUGAGUCUAGUGUUGCUAGCUUUUUGAUCAGCUUACAAUUGGAACAAUUAAUUGAAUUGUUUGAUCGUGAGCAAAUCACGAUGGAAAUUCUCGCCGAGAUGGGUCAUGAAGAUUUGAAACAAGUUGGAGUAUCAGCAUAUGGUUUUCGCCAUAAAAUUCUGAAGGGAAUAGCCACCAUUCGAGCUUCAACAGGUUUAGGUCAAGCACCGAAUCCAUGUACACUUUUAGUUGAUUUGCUUCCUGAUGACAAAGAAUUCCUAGCUGUCGAAGAAGAAAUGCAAGCAACCAUACGAGAACAUCGUGAUAAUGGCCAAUCGGGUGGUUACUUCAAUCGAUACAAUAUUAUCAGAAUCCAGAAGGUUCAAAAUCGUCGACUGUGGGAACGCUAUGUGCAUCGCAGACAGGAAAUUUCGGAUGAAAACAGUGGACAAGCUUGUGAACGGAUGCUAUUCCACGGCAGUCCAUUCAUAAAUGCAAUUGUUCAAAAAGGUUUUGAUGAACGACACGCUUAUAUUGGUGGGAUGUUCGGAGCCGGUAUUUAUUUUGCUGAGCACAGUUCAAAAAGUAAUCAAUAUGUGUAUGGAAUGGGAGGUGGAAUCGGAUGCCCAUCACACAAAGACAAAUCCUGCUACUUCUGCCCUAGGCAAUUGUUGUUGUGCCGUGUGGCUUUGGGAAAAUCUUUCCUGCAAUUUAGUGCAAUGAAAAUGGCACAUUCUCCACCUGGUCAUCACAGUGUAAUAGGUCGACCAUCAGCUGGUGGAUUGCAUUUUCCCGAGUAUGUCGUCUAUCGUGGUGAACAAGCCUAUCCCGAAUACUUGGUAACGUAUCAAAUUGUAAAGCCCGAGGACACUUCCAGUGGGAACGAAGAUUCCACUAGAUGAUGGACUGUACAUUCGAUAACAACGACUGCGACUCAAAAUACCGUUGUACACACAUUAGGGAAUGGAUCAAUAGCGAAAGCAUCACGAAUGAAUAAGUCAACGACUGUAUCGAAUAUUUAUUGUAACGGUAAAUACAACUAUCUGAUCAUCACGCCAGCGGUAACGAUUGAUCAGAACUACGACAAUGGAAAUUCUAAUAACUACAUUGAUGAUGAUGACGAUGAUGAUGAUGAUGAUGAUGAUGAUGUGGACAUCAACUUGAAUGCUCACAAUAAUAACGUUCGAACCAAUUCAAAUCGGCAAAAUCACAAGAGCUCCAUGAUAAUCUUAAAUCAGCGUUCAAAUUUGAUGCCAAAACGUACACGAUCAUCGCAUUCAUGGCGUUGGUGUACAUUACUUUGCUCAGCAAUAAAGUGUUUUGGUAAUAGCACGGGAUUUUCGGCGGCUGCCGCAUCAGUUGCCACCAGUAACACAAACACAACUUCCUACACAACAAAUAAUAAUAAUAUCGCACGAAAUUUCGUAUCAUCGGAAAAUAAUGUACUCGAUUUAAUUGUUACAAACGAAUCACACUGUAAAAACGAUAAUGUGCCCUACGAUUUGUGACACCUCAAUGUGGUCUUUCAAUUUUACAUUUGUUUCCCUUCUUCGAUAUCUUCGUUUUAUUCAGUUUGUAUCAUAUAACAGUGUAUACCCUCAAUCCGUAUAAGUAUAGCAUUUAAUCGAAAACGAACAGUUUUGUUCGCAUUGGCUUGCAUUUAGUAAUCGUAACAGUAUAUAAAAAUUGCGAAUGGGUUUAAUCUAAGGUAUAAUUGUGGUAUAUUCAGUCUUCAGCCAGUUUCGAUUGAAUGAGACGAUUUUUUUUAAACAAAAAAAAAACUUCAGUAAAUAGUGUUGAUGUUACAUUUGCUUAGCAAAACAAAUAUCAAAAGACUUUCCUCAUUUGAAUUAUGUAGAUUUCAACGUUAUGAUCUCAACUUAGAAAAGAAAAACAUGAAAAAGCGACAACAAAAUCGAAUUUUUACUGUCGUUCUAAAUAUGAUGAUAAUAUAUUUAUAAUGAAUUUCUUAACACGAGUUUCUUUUCCAAUUUUUUUUUCUCUUAAAAACAUUGUGUGACCAUUUCUAAAUGUGUUUUCGAUUUGACCAAAAUUUGUUUUUAAAAAACAGCGUUCGUUCAAAGAUUUUUCGAAAUUUCCAAAAUUUAAAAGUAUUCUUGUAUCUUAUAAAAUAAUUAUUAUCGUUGUUAUAAACAUGAAAACAAAAGAAAAAAACAAAUUUUGACUAUAGAACUGAUUUAGACAGUAUAAAUUUUUUUCUUAUUGCUGAAAUUUAAUGAAUCUGUAAAAAAAACCAUAAUCUCUUUGAUAAAAAAGAAUAAACAUAUGUAUUUAAAGAAAAAAAAA